AUGCACGCAUCCGCCCUUACGGAUGCAGGGCGCGCUUGCACCCAGCACAGCGCCCCGAUGCUGAUGCUGUCCACCCCCCCAAAACAACACAUCCAGCAGCAGGCCACCAGGCUCGGCCCGCAUGCGUGCUAUCCAUCACCACCAUGUGGAUGCACAUGCAGCCCCGUAGCGACUAUCCAGACGUUGCGGGCACAGCGUCAUUCAACAACAAGCCCUCGCACUCACACUCGCGCCCGCUGCGUGGCGGCACUACGCUCGCCAGCGCCCUCGAUUGGCGCCUUUUCCAAGGCCGUGUACGGUGUGAGACGAGGUGGAAUGCCCCGUGCAAAAUCAAGCCUCGCCCAACAAGCAUACCCCUCUCGUCGCGGCUGCGGUCCAUCUCCCGUCGCCAUCGCACGCUACCGCUGCACCAGAAAAAAAACGUUCUGCCGACCACUGUCCUGGGACCACACCACAUUGACUUUGCCAUGGCAAUUGCCUGUCCCGUACAAGCCCGACUGCGCACGCAAAUUGCCUAAUUACACCACCUUCAUAACACCCACUUGCUCCUCGGCGGCUGGCCCAAUGCCGCUGCACAUAUCUGAGACACCCGCCCUCCACCCCAUGCCGACGAUCGUCAAACAGUGA